GAUGAAGAAGCAGUUGGGCCGUACACCAACCCACGAGGAGGUCUUCAAAGAAACCCACACACUUAAAAGUGACAAGUCUAAAUGGGUGGACAAGCGCUCUCAAGACACUCAUGAGAAGUUUAUAAAAAAGUUGGCAGAAGUUCAGGCUCAACAUGCCGAGGCUCAAGCACAGGGAAUGGAGCUACAACCAAUUGAUGAAGACUUGAUUUGGGAGGAAGUGUGUGGUGGGAAAAAGAAGAAUCGAGUUUACAGAAAAGGGUCAUUCUUUUCUAGCUCUAUCAAGUCUGGAACCACUUCUGCCAAUUCUGUAUCUGGAAGAGCACCAAGAAAUCAAAAUUCUGUUCCUGAUUUGCGAGAACAGAUUCAUAAUCUCAAUGAAGAGCUUUUUCAGCGUGUUACUCAACAAACAGAUGAGCGUAUUAGUAAGUUGUUAGAUACACGCUUGGCUCCUUUGGAAAAGACUCAAAAGAAAUUAGAAAAGUUGGAACGGGCAAUUGGAAAGGCCAAGAAGGAAAAGCUGAAACAGAAGAGAUGGAAUGAGGCUUAUGUUAGCUAUUAUUAGAAGGUUAGAGCGUCAAGUAGUUCUAGUGCAGUUCCACUACCACCGCCACCGCCGCCACCCUCAAUGUCUU